AUGAAACAGAAUUUUUACUCUAAUACAGCGAAAAUGGCGAGAGAAAUUUACGAGUUUCUUGAACAUGAGAAGAAGAUGAAUAUGGAUAUCCAGAAGAGAAUGGAAGAGCUUAGAACUGAAAAUGAUUUGCUGAGACGUAUUUUGGAAUUUGAGUCAGGCGUUGACAUUCAAACCAUUGCGGACCAUUUAAAGAAAAGUGCUGCACUCGAAGUCCCACUAAUUUCCACCGAAAGCGAUUCUGAGACUUGUUCUGAACAUAAGAGCCUUGUUGAUCGUGACGAGCAAUCAACACCAAGGGAACAAAAAACUGUUGUUAGGAGUCCAAUCCUAAACUGA